GACUACUGUCUCCCUCUGGCCUGUAGUCUAGUGCAGCCAUUCAGGGCUGUGGCUCAGGCCAGCGUUGACAACUUCAGCCGACCUCGGGGUGGCUUUUAUGGAAGAUCGCCUUCAGCUGGACAAUGGACUUGUGCCUUCAAAGAUAACUGAGAUCAUCCUCUCUGAGCAUUCUCCCUGCGAGUGGGAGGUACUCUCAGAGAGAGGCGCCACCCAGCUAACACAAUGCAGGAAGGGCAGCCUGCUCCUACCACUGGAGGUCCAUAAGGCGUUAGUGGAGAGACGAGGCUCAGAGCCCAUACGAGGAGCCAGCCCUGGGGUGGACAGCGGGGACUCCCUGGGUAACAACCACCAGCACAUGGAGGGCCAAGGCCACCACCUCUACCUGUCCAGCUGCCACGAGUGCCUGGAGCUGGAGAACAGCACCAUACUCUCCAUCAAGUACACCUUGGUUGACAAUAUCUCCGACCUUCCUGAGCGCAGGACCAGCUUCCUGAAUUGGCUGCACACCCAAGUGGACAAGGAGAGGCUGCUCAAGUCCUCCAAGGCCUCCCUCAAACCACUGGAGACUCUCACGCUGGGCUGCACAACGCUCUACACACAGGUCACCCCCACCACCAUGGACCUGCUAGAGGAGUUGAUGCUCCAGCUGCCUGAGGAAAUGGGCUUAAUGUCUGUAGCUGCUCGACAGACCCAGGGUAGAGGCUCCGGGGGGAAAGCGGGGCUGAGUCCUCUGGGAUGUGCUAUGUUCAGUGUGCAGGUGUCUGUGAGCUCCAGACUGGGCCAGAGGAUCCCCUUCCUGCAGCACCUGGCUGCGGUGGAGGUUGAACGCACCUUGCCCGGUUACCAGGACAUUGAUCGCAGAGUGAAGUGGCCUAAUGACAUUUACUACAGUAACCUGAUGAAGCUUGGAAGAGUGCUGGUGACAUCAACAGUCAUGGGACCAACCUUCCAUCUCCUCGUUGGCUGUGGCUUCAAUGGGAGCAACAGUAACCCCACCAUCUGUAUCAACAACCUGGUGAUGCAGCACAACCGAGAGUGUGGCACCAGCAUGGAGGCCCUGAGCUCAGCGCCGCUCAUAGGUCGCACCCUCACCUCCCUGAAGCAGCUCAUCUCUGCCUUCCAGGAGAGGGCAGAGGCUGUCCUGCCCCUCUACUACAAGAGAUGGGUGCACAGCGGGGCCCAGGUGUGUCUGUGGAGUGAGAACGGCCCCCAUGCCGACGUGGUGGGCCUCGACGAUGAAGGCUUCCUGUAGGUGCACUCUGAGGAGCAGGGUUUGGUCUCCUUGCAGCCUAAUGGCAACUCCUGCGACAUGCUGAGGAACCUGGUGGUCAUCAAGCAACGCUAG